AUGACGUGUCAUGGUUGGCUGGGACCAAUGGUUGAAUACGGCACAGUGGUUGAAUAUGGCACAGUGGUUGAAUACGGCAUAGUGGUUGAAUACGGCAUAGUGGUUGAAUACGGCACAGUGGUUGAAUACGGCACAGUGGUUGAAUACGGCACAGUGGUUGAAUACGGCAUAGUGGUUGAAUACGGCAUAGUGGUUGAAUACGGCAUAGUGGUUGAAUACGGCACAGUGGUUGAAUACGGCAUAGUGGUUGAAUACGGCACAGUGGUUGAAUACGGCGCAGUGGUUGAAUACGGCACAGUGGUUGAAUACGGCACAGUGGUUGAAUACGUGGUUGAAUACGGCACAGUGGUUGAAUACGGCAUAGUGGUUGAAUACGGCACAGUGGUUGAAUACGGCAUAGUGGUUGAAUACGGCACAGUGGUUGAAUACGGCAUAGUGGUUGAAUACGGCAUAGUGGUUGAAUACGGCACAGUGGGUGAAUACGGCACAGUGGUUGAAUACGGCAUAGUGGUUGAAUACGGCACAGUGGUUGAAUACGGCACAGUGGUUGAAUACGGCACAGUGGUUGAAUACGGCAUAGUGGUUGAAUACGGCACAGUGGUUGAAUACGGCACAGUGGUUGAAUACGGCACAGUGGUUGAAUACGGCACAGUGGUUGAAUACGGCAUAGUGGUUGAAUACGGCACAGUGGUUGAAUACGGCAUAGUGGUUGAAUACGGCAUAGUGGUUGAAUACGGCACAGUGGGUGAAUACGGCACAGUGGUUGAAUACGGCAUAGUGGUUGAAUACGGCACAGUGGUUGAAUACGGCACAGUGGUUGAAUACGGCAUAGUGGUUGAAUACGGCAUAGUGGUUGAAUACGGCACAGUGGUUGAAUACGGCACAGUGGUUGAAUACGGCAUAGUGGUUGAAUACAGCAUAGUGGUUGAAUACGGCACAGUGGUUGAAUACGGCACAGUGGUUGAAUACGGCAUAGUGGUUGAAUACGGCACAGUGGUUGAAUACGGCACAGUGGUUGAAUACGGCACAGUGGUUGAAUACGGCACAGUGGUUGAAUACGGCACAGUGGUUGAUUGA